AUGCCCCGCGCGUUUCUCAAGCCACAAAUCACUGACGGAUUUUUCCUCUUUUUCUUUUCUUUUUCGUUUAGCGGAACCCCUGGCACAUCAGUCAGCAGCUACAUGGAAAAUAGCCGUUCCUAUGGCUCCUACCGUCGCGGCCGGUACAUGUUUCCUAUCGAUGAGGAAGAAAAAGACAGGCUGGAUAUGUUCCACAAGCUCUUGACUCUGGCGCGCAACAACCGCUACUGGGACGCCCCUCUACCGGAACGUGCCCGGGUGCUCGACCUCGGCACGGGCACGGGCAUAUGGGCCAUUGAUGUUUCCGAUCGUCUCUGGAAGGGCCCGAACAACCAUGGCCUCGUCCACGGUCUCGACCUGUCCUUUAUCCAACCACCCGAUGUUCCGUCCUCCGUCUCGUUUAUGCAAGCCGACAUUGAAGAGCCCUGGCCCGUGCAUGAGAUGGAUUACGAUUUGAUUCACAUUCAGAUGCUGCUUGGUUCCAUCAGGGAUUGGACCGAUCUAUACAGGAAGCACAUCCGACCGGGGGGUUUCCUCGAGCAUAUCGAGGUGGAAUGGCAGUUUCGGACGGACGAUAACAGUCUGAGUCCAGACUCGUGUCUUGUUACCUGGAGCGACGCUCUGCACCGCGCUAUGAGAACGGCCGGGGUACCUCUGGAUGUCAACGAGCGGACGAAAAGCGAGCUUCGAGCCAUAGGCUUCACGGACGUUACCGAGACCAUCAUACAGCUACCCAUCAACCCCUGGACCCACGAGCGACGACAGCGCGAACUUGGCCGCUGGUUCAACCUUGCCCUCACUCAUUCGAUCGAUGCGCUAAGCCUAGCACCUUUGACGAGGGUGGAACGUUGGCCCGCGGACAAGGUCUUCUCACUAUCCGCCGAGGUCAAGCGAAAACUCUGCGAUCUCAGAACGCAUGCCUAUUGCAGACUGUGA